AUGAGCAAGUCUUAUUCAUCUUCGGCCCAGACGGCCUCCUCGUACCGUCGCACCUUCGGCUCUGGCGUCGGGUCAACCCCAAUGUCUUCCGUCUUCUCAUCUGGAGGUGGUGGUGGUGGUGGCCGCAGCUCCUCUGCAAGCCGCAUGUCUUCCAGAGUCUAUGAAGUUAAGAACAACGCUAGUCCCUCCUAUUCUUACCGGUUGUCCUCUGGUGCUGGGGGAGCAGGGUUCGGCUCCUCUUCAGCCAUGCGCAACUAUUCUGGCGAGAAACUUGACUUCAACCUGGCCGAUGCCAUGAACCAGGACUUCCUCAACACAAGGACCAAUGAGAAGGCCGAGCUUCAGCACCUUAAUGAUCGCUUCGCCAGCUACAUCGAGAAGGUGCGUUUCCUGGAGCAGCAGAAUGCAGCGCUGACGGUGGAGAUUGAGACGCUGAAGGGCCGCGAGGGGCCCGGUCGCGUGGCUGAGAUAUACGAGGAGGAAAUGAGGGAGCUGAGGAGGCAGAUUGAGGCCCUCUCCAACCAGCGCGCCCGAGUGGAGGUUGACAGAGACAACCUGGCUGAUGACCUGCAGAAGCUGAAGCACAGACUGCAGGAGGAGAUUCACCAGAAGGAAGAGGCUGAGAACAACCUUUCUGCCUUCAGAGCCGAUGUUGACAAUGCCACUCUGGCCAGGCUGGACCUGGAGAGACGCAUUGAGAGCCUGCAAGAGGAGAUUGCCUUCCUCAAGAAGAUUCAUGAAGAGGAGAUCCGUGAGCUGCAGGGCCAGAUGCAGGAAACACAGGUGCAGGUCCAGAUGGACAUGUCCAAACCCGACCUGACUUCUGCUCUGAGGGACAUCCGUGUGCAGUAUGAGGGCAUCGCUGCCAAGAACAUCGCAGAGGCUGAAGACUGGUACAAGUCUAAGGUGUCUGAUCUGAACCAGGCUGUGAACAAGAACAAUGAUGCUCUGCGUCAGUCCAAGCAGGAGAGCAUGGAGUACAGGCACCAGAUACAGUCCUUCACCUGCGAGAUUGACUCACUCAAGGGCACCAACGAGUCUCUGCUGCGCCAGAUGAGAGACAUGGAGGACCGCAUGACCCUCGAGGCUUCUGGUUACCAGGAUAGUGUCACACGGCUGGAGGAGGACAUUGCUAAGAUGAAGGAUGAUAUGGCUCGUCACCUGAGAGAGUACCAGGACCUCCUCAAUGUGAAGAUGGCCCUUGAUAUUGAAAUCGCCACCUACCGCAAGCUGCUGGAGGGAGAGGAGAGCAGGAUCACUACCACCGGGCCUGUCCAGUCUACUUAUUCCUCUAUUGGAUUCAGAGAGACCAAUCCUGAGUCCCAGCAUCAGCGCUCCUCAGAGGUUCACUCCAAGAAGACCGUUCUCAUCAAGACCAUCGAGACCCGCGAUGGAGAGGUUGUCAGCGAGUCCACACAGCAUCAGCAAGACAUCAUGUAAACCCGACGAGGCAACGUUAGAAG